CGUCGUCGGAAGUGUGUCCGACGAAAGACCGCCUGCAUUCCGCAGGGUGACGUCCAACAUGCUAGUCUCCCGAAUCCUCCUUGUCAAUUGGGCACAACAAGUGUCGGUGACAUGGGCCUUGGGCCCUUUUUCCAGGCCUUGUAUCAACUGCGAUGCCACGUCGAGGUCUUAUUUGGAGCUAAUCCUCCGCCCCACGCUGCAAAGGAGCUAUCAGAGCCUCUUUUGGACAUCGACACAGUGCAUAGCAACUGCGCGCCGGUUAUGAAAUUACUCAACCAUCGAUUAAUCAGUCGACGCACGGAGCCGCAGCUCAAUCAAGUCAGUGAACGAGACACAGACCCGGGGGGCUCUUCACCCCUUCAGACUCAAGUCGAGUCUCCGCAGUCGACAAAGCACUUCCUUGCACUUUCUGAGAUGUGUGCAGCUCUGCCCUCCGAAUCUGACAUCGCAGAAAUUCUCACAACACGAAACCAGUGGUGGGUGACAUGGCGCCAGUCAUUUGGGCUCGCCUGGGGAGAGAUGGAAGACAGCACACUCACACAAUUUGCUACGCGCGCCAUUUGCUCGGAGAAUCCGUCUUUACUUGGCAGCUUGCUCCUAUGCUUUGCCUUGAGUACAGGUGAUUACAGCCGAUAUAUUGGUCCAGUGGAGCGAUGGAUGCUCUCUGACAACUCCUGUACGACUCACGAAUAUGAUUUCCAGUGCCUGAUGGGGCUAGGUCUCUGUCUGAUCAGUGCCCUCCAACCGCGUCGUGCAUGGUUGGUCUAUCGCAAAGCCAAUGCCUUGCUGCAGUUGAUGGGGAUUCAUCGAUCGCGCCGGCGGUCAGAAUCCCCAGAUCUGAUUUUUUGGCAGCUCUUUAGCGCCGACCGCUGGGUAAGUCUACUUAUCGGACUGCCUGAUUCGGUGCCCGAUCAUAUGUGCUAUCUAUCGAUCCCUCCAAUAAACCAAUCGACCCCUAUCACCUUCCAUCACCGGCAUAUGGUUCUCUUAACCGGCCGGGUCAUCGACUGCCUGCAGUCCCCAAUGGGAUAUUCUUUUAGUACUGUGGUCAGUGUAGACGAAGAGAUCGACAAGAUCACAGCCCAGCUUCCACUGGAUUAUUUGAGCAUGCCACAUAUCGCAGCAUGCCCUGACGCAGACGAGAAAAGUGCCCGCCUCUAUCGGAUCACCGAGAUCUCUCAGCUUAAAACCUUCUUAUACCUGCCUCUGUUCUUGCAGCAGUGUGAUCCGCACAAGCAGGAGCUGGCGCAGAGCCAAAACUCGCUCUAUGGGCGAAGCGUUUGCCUGAACAGUGCCCGGCCCCUGCUCAAGGCAUAUCUUGCUCUGUACGAUAUGGAACCCACCGCCGCUGUCAUGGACAACAGCAUGAAAUUGACUAGCUUUACUGCACUAGCCGCCGCCGUAAUCUUGUUCUUGAACCUUCUUGCCGGUGCCCAUCCAACCACUGGGUCCAUAGCAGACCCGAUGAGUCCUUCCACGCUGGAGUCUGACACAAUGCUCAUCAGUCGAACUGUCGCAAUAUUUGAAAAAUGCUCGGAAGGGAAACCUCAGUCUCUGUGUGGACAGUGUCAUACUGCGUUAGCAGAAUUGAUCUCUUGCAGCCAGAUACUGGGCAGAGGCGAAAGUCGAAAGGUCACGGUUCCAUAUUUCGGCUUGGUGGAGAUCACCCGCGCCGAGCAUGUUCCCGUACACUCUCCGGGGAUAUAUGACGACCCAUCUGUGCGAACAACUUCCGUGGUCAACCCCCAUCCAGCUAGUUUCGUUCUUGGCGAGCCGCAUGAUGACGUCUUCCCUUCAUGGACCGUAGAGGACGAUAUGUUCUUCGCGUACCAUGGCCCCUGGGAGAGUCAUCUGCAGGAAUCACCUUGGCCCAGUCAAUCCCUGGAACAUGGCCUCGGUCCUAGCAAUCUGGUUUUGGGCCAGUAUCCAGAUCCGGAAUUUCCAGUUUGA